GUGCAAUACAAUGCAGCUUUGAGAAAUGAAAUAAAAAAUGGUGCUAGCUGAAUUUCUUUAAGCCAAGGUCACAUUUGUUAGGUAGCUGACAGUUGGCAUUCUGAUGAUUUGAAAAAGUACGUGGUGUUUUUAUUUUUGGUUUUUUUGUGUUUGUUCAGGUAUAACUUGCUCCUGCUAAUUUUGGUGCAUUAUAUUGUUUAAAAUGUUGAGCCUGAUCUUACAGACUUUUAUUUAAUGGAGAAGUCCAGUUAAGGCUUAUGGGAAUACUUCAGCAGCUAAAUGUUAGGAAAGUUGGCAUGCGUAUACCUGGGAGAACUUUCAGUUAAAUUGGUUUGGUCUCUCAUCCUGGAAAGGCUCAGGUUCCAAAAGCUGAGUUAGCAUCACUAAAGACAGUAGAGUCUGGGUUACAAUUGUGGUGCGAUUUUUAAAAUGGUGCAACACAUUGUGAACGAUUGCCCAAUUAGAUCAUUUCAUGGCAAUCUAAAAUCAAUCUAUGCAGCUACCCCCUUGAAGCAGCUGAAUGUCUAUCAUAUUUAGAUAUUAAUCUAUGAAUGUUGUGUGAACAUUGUAAUCCUAAAAUGUCAUAUGAAAGAGAGAGAAUGAGGACAAUGGUGAAACUCUUACUGACUUGAGCAAGGGCAGAACAUGACCGUUCAGGACUGCAUAAAAUAAAAUGUAGGAUAUUGUAAAAUCUUUAGCAGUGAAAAUCUAGGGGAGGGGAGCGCAAAAGUCAAGAUUGUGCAAUUUGAAAGAGUUUUCAUUGUUGCAUGCAUGUUGCAAUGACUUUUGUGGUAGUUUCUUUUAAAAUAACCUUUAAAGUCCAAGGCCUACAAAUCAAUGUAUAUACAAGACGGACCUCUCUGCCAUAUGAAGCUUCAGUGCCAUCAAAUGGUCUGUGCAGGCAAAAGUGUCUACCCCCAUGGGCAUGUGCCCUGGCCAUGUCCCAUAUUAAUUGUUCCCCUCCCCCACUCCCAUAACGGGGAAAAAAAAAAGAAACAACAGUAUUACCUUGAGCUUUUAUGGGAGCCUUGAAUUGUUGCCUUUUAAGUUUGACUUGGUGUUCUCUACCUAUCUGCAAAUUUUUGCUUUGGCUUGUGCCUGUGAGAAAUCACAUAUUUUAAGUGUUGUGUUUGUGAUUUAGGUAAAAUUAAAAUCAGAAGUGAAGCUUUUGGGUGGGGAAAUUAUAUACAGUAAGAACAUGCAUUCAGGCUAGAGGCAAAGGAAGGAUAUAUAGAGAUAUUUAUUACUGGCAGUAAGAGUUAUUAUUAUGUAUCGCAAAAAUUCAGUGUCUCUCACAAUGAUAACUUUAAAACAAGGCAGAUGUGGAUCUCUUAAACUCCUACCCUGUGAUCAGAUUCAUGCAAACUCCCAGUUAAGUCUGUGGGAAUGUGUUGUUAAAGUGUCAGUUUGUGACGGUCCAGAGGUACAAAUAGGACCUUAUUUAAGACCUAGCCCUGCAAGCUCUCUGUAAACGGGAGGAGAGGCAUGCAGAAUUAGGCCCCAGAUUUAUGCAAGGUGUAUGGAAAUGCCAUGUGAAAAAUUUAUUAGAAAAUGCAUAUUUCAGCAAAUUUUUGCUUGGUCAAUUUAAAGAGCCCUACACCUUCAAGGAUUUGCUAUUGGGCUGGCAUCACUUAUUGUCUGUCACUCAGCUAAAAAACGACAGUUUGGAAAACCUGUUCCUCUGAGGACCAACUGCCCUCUGUCUUUUUUUAAAUUAGUUGUUUUUCUUUUUGUUCACAAACUUAAGCACUGAAGUAGUAGGAGGGAAGUAUUUGGAAAAGUUUGAAGAAUAAAACUUUUGCCUGAUCCAUCUUGAAAAUCUCCAUUUCAUUUGUAAACAAGUAGAGGAAAGUUACACCCAAAAUAGCAAAAGUUUUGUUCCUAAAUUUUCUCCCCCAGACAAGUAGGACUAAACAAAUAUGGUGUCUUUCAGUGAAAAUCUGCAUGUAAUAAAUAAUCCUAUGUAAUAAAUAAUGUAAUGUAAUAAUAUGUAUGUAAUAAAUAAUCCUAUUGAUGAUGAAUGAGAAGUAAUAGGAAUCAACUCACAGUAAUAGAAAUCAACUCAGAGUCGACAUUGCUAACUCGGAAAAAAAAAAAUUACAAACUUCUGUUUCCUCACUAAAAUUAGCUGAUAUAAUUCUAAAUAAAUGUGGGAGACUCAUCUUGGCGUAAGCUUGUCUCAGUCCAGGGAAGUGAAUGCUUUUUUUCCAGCACAGGAGUUUCUGGAGAGUUGGGGGCAGGAGGCUGCUAUUUCCUUUUGGUAUUUUUAGUGUGAAGGUGCAGGGUUUUUUUUUUUAAUUUUAGGUUGUCCCUUUUUAGCCCAUAAUCUUAAGGAUAGUAUCACUGAUUUGAAGAUGAGAGUAAAUUCUGGCUCUGGUGAAGUCAAUAAGAGAAGGCACAGAAAUAUGACCUGUACCGUGCCCGACCAGAAGGUCCCAUGCCCAUACUGCAUCCUCCUCUGCUAAGAUCUUCUAAAUCUGCAGGAGCUAGCGGAAACUACAGAGAGAAGCCACCCUGCUGCGACAUUUCAGAAAAGGAAGAGAGAGUUCAGUCCCCUGGUCCUGAGGAGCAGCUGGAAACUGCAGACAGCUCAGGAUCCCCCUCUUCUUCAGAUAUGGAAUCAGGAAACGAAAGUGAAUGGUCCAAGGAUGUUACUGCCUUUAGUUCCAGCCCUCCUAGUGCUGGGUCUAGACCAAGAGACCCUCUUGACAUUCUAACCAAGGUCUUCCCCAGUUAUAAACGAAACAGGCUGGAAAACGUUUUGCAGUUCUGCAAAGGAGACGUUGUCCAAGCCAUAGAGCACAUCUUGAAUGGGAAAGAGCAUAAAGAAGACAUCAAUGCAAGCCCAUCCAGGUCUGCACUCAGUGCUUUACAGAGAGCGUCUAGUUUGAGUUUAGCUGGGUUAGGUGUUGGAGGAUUUGUCAAUAAAUCAGCUUUCUCUCCUCUUCAGACUAGUUCUCCUUUGUUUAGAAGUGAAACAAAUCUGUAUGGCGUAGGCCCUAGACUGGGGAUCAGCCCUCUAAGGCUGGCAUAUUCAGCUCCUGGGAGAGGGUUCCCAGGAUUUAUAUCACCUUACUUAGCAUCUGGGUUAGUUCCAGCUUUCCCUCUUUACUCAGCUGUGGACUACCCCUUUUCAGGAAUGAUCAAGGAUACUUCUUACUUUUCAAGUAAAGAGUUAGUCCCUAGCAGUGGAAUUUAUUCUAGACCAAAUCAGGAAAACAAGUAGUGCCUCUAAUGUAUUCCCAUUCACAAAGAUAUAUUUCCAAAAGCAGGUAGCUGUCACUUGGACAUGUAUAUCCAGCAUCAGAGGAAGCUACAAUCCCACAGUUAAAAGAAAGAGAGAAGUCAAUUUCAAAUGAGAGAGGCUUACUGUUUAUGUUAAAAAAAGGCUUUCUAUACCUUUUGAAUGUGACUUGCUUAAUUUUGUUGUAGAAUUACUUGAAACACUGACAUUUUUGAGCAAAAAAGGAAAUAAUUUAAAUUGUGUAUUUUUUCCAUCCAGAGUUUCUGAUGUGAAGAGUUCUAAAAAUUAGCACUGAUUUUAAAACUGGAAAUUAUUAUACAUACACAUGUAGUUUCUAUGCUGUUUUCAACUGUUUUAGUAAGUGAAGCAAUAACAAGGGUACCUUUGUUCUGUGAACAGAAAUAUAGGGUUGGAUUUUUUUUAAAUAUAAAGACAAUCUAUUACAUUGUAGCCUUUAUUAAUCCCCUCCAUCUUCAAAAAUAUUUGUCCAACUUUGCUUACUUAAAUUUCUUUGUAUUUCUUUCAAGUCUAAGCCCAAGACUUUCAGAAUGGGUCCAUAAACUUAGGUUCUUGAAUAGUCAGUGAAAUUAGCAUCUUGUUCUCAAAACUUCUUGCAGAAGUAAAUAAAAGCUCUUGGAUGGUUAGCAGUUUUAAAAAUCAGACUGUCUUUAUGGGUCUACAGUCCUGACACAGCAAAAAUACAAGUGUGUUCUUAAUUCAGGGAGAAUAACCUUACUGAAAUUCUCAGUUAUGUUAAAUCAGCAUAGUUCCAUUACACUAUAUGGGGAUCUUAAGGUAGAAGGUCAAAUUUGUGCAUUAUUAGGGCUUAAAUAAGGAUGUAGGAGCCUAAUUUAGGCAUCACUUUGUGCAUCUACAAAUGUGCUUUAAUGCGUAGUAGCUUAUUUGACUGUGCAUUAAAGUGUCUUGUCAAAAAACUAGUGCACUUUAAACAGAAGCUACUUAACAUUCAGUGUUACUAAAAAAGCAUGCACCUACAUUACUGCACCUAAGUGCAGCCUAACGUGCAUUUUUUUAGUACUGCACAUUAGAGGUGCUAAAUUUAAUGUGCAGCAGCAAAAGCACAUUACUGAACAUGUAGACGUACCAGUUCUUAAAAAAACUUUGGGCCAGCUCAAAGUGAUGUGUUUAUUUCAAGGUUUUGAAUGUGUAAAGAUCAGGGCUUAUGAUACACUUAAUAGAACAUAUCCUUUGGACUAUAUUUUGGAUGUCUUGCAUUAUGCAUUUUUCAUUUAUGAAAUUGUAUUAAAUAACAACAGCAUGUAAAACUUUUUAUGAGUUUCUUUUAAGUUUUAGUUUUGUAGACUCUGUUCAUGGUUUAUCUAAAGCCAAUUCACAACUAAGUCAAAGUAAGUGACCGCCAUCUCCUGGCUAUUUUAUUUAUUGCAGUUUCAUAGUGGUAGGGAAAUAAAUUAGCAUUUUAGUUCAUAAAGAGUUGGUUUUAAAAAUCUUUUAAAUGACCUUUUUAUUAUUCCAACAUGAAUUUUGGAAAGCUUCUGUUUAAAUAGCAUAGGGAGUAUGUGGAACAAGGAGCCUGAUUACUACUGAGACACAAAUGGUUAAACCUUUUCUCUAGUUCUCUGUAAAGUCCCAGGGACUUGAGUUGGAUCCUUUCCAGGGCAUAAGGAGGACUGGGUAUUGUGCUCAUAUUUGAUAUUUAGGCUCUCAGUCCUGCAAAGACCUGUGCACAUGCUUUGCUUUGUAUUCAUGAGAAAUCUUGUUGACUUCAUUGGCACAACUCAUGUGGAUAAAGCCAGACACCUGCAUGAACAAUUGCUGAGUUAGAGCCAUAGGAGAGGAGGUCUUGAAGAACAAUUUUUUGUUGCUGUUGAUAGCAACUAAAAUAGGCUUGCUUUGUAGGUAGUAUUUAAUUGGUCAGCAUCUAGAAAACAGAACAAUCUUUGAGUCUGGUUAUAUGGUCAUUUGUCUGAGAGAACUACAUUUUCUGUCAGUCAAACAUCAGGGGUUAAAGAAUAAGCAUCUUUUAAAACUAACUUUAUGGAGAACUGGCUUGUUAAAUUAUAUGAUCUGAAUAAUUAUAUAUUUUAGCAAAGUGUGCAAUGUUUUUAUUGUUGGCCCCAGCAUACAGCAGGAUUUAUCAGGCUUUUAGUGUUAAUUUACUCUGAAGUUUCAGUAGAUGUUCCUACUUCAUUUGAUUUCAUUAAGUCCCUGACUUAGAGAAACAUCACUAUUUAGAACAGUUUUUAAGCAUGCAUCUUUUGGUGGGUAAAUAUAAGCAUGUGCUCAAGUGCUUUCCUGAAUUGCAGCCUAAAUGCCAAGAUUAGUUUGCCAAAUGAUGUUAUUGCUAUUGUUGUUUAUGAUUAUGUCCCUAGAUAAACUGUGUUGCUCCAGUUAUGAGUUGACCCUACAUAUAAGCUGACCCCAUGUUUUCAGGUUCAAUUUUAAGAUAAAUCAGUUUUCCCUGACUAAGUAACUACAGAUAAAGCCUGUAAAAUGCUUAUUCACAGUCCCACAGGAGAAUCACAUAAACGAGGAAAGGAUACAAAGGGUUAAAUUCAUUAAUAAUACCAAGAUAACAACCGCAUUGAAAAAAAUGUGACUUGGUAUUUUUAUUGCAUGAAUACUGCAAGUACACAAGUCAACACUAUUGGGGGCCUGUUUAUUUGUGGGGUCAGCUUAUAAGAGUGCAGUUUUUAUGGCUGUUUUGGAAGAAAGGGUAGACUUCUCAUCAAAACAGCACCGUAAUUGUGAAAAAUUAUUUUCUUGCAAACCAAAGAUCCCAGCCUUUUGUGCAGAAGUACUGAAGACAGGUUAUUUCAAAAAGCCCUGCUUGAAGUCUUAUCCUUUCUGUCUUAGAAUUUAUACUUAUUUAAAUCCACUUCCAUGGACACAAGUCAGACUUUGUUCAAAGCUUGGACAAAGCCUCUUUUCCUUGGUGAAACUGUUUCUUUCAAGUACUGCAUUUACUUGAAUCCAAGACAGGCUUUUUCCCCCCAGUCAGGAUGGGGGGCGGGAGGGGGGGAAGUCUUAUCUUGGAUUCAAGUACCAGCCCAGGGCAAGGCAGCAGCUCAGCUCCAGAUUUGGCUCCAGGUCCUGGCCUGAAACCAGAGCUGAGCUGCCACUCGGCUCUGGCUGGAAGAGCUUGUUUGGGGGAGCAUGCAGAUGAGGGGAGUGCAGAGGAGACUGGAGAGGCGGGGAACCUGUAGCCUGCCCCUUGUGCCUGUGCUUGCCUCCCACAUGCAGCUGGCCUUCCACCCCUAACUCCGUUGCCUCCAGCUGUCCCCUCUACCUUCUGUUCUAGCUCAGGUCCCUCCAGUUCCGACUCUGCCCAGUCAGGAGCUGUUGCUGCUGCUUCUUGUCUGGGCUGGGUUGGGACCAUGCUACUGCUGAGUACCCUGGAAGAGCAGAGCUGCAGCAGAAGGUAAGUGGGGGUGGGCCAGGGAGCAGGGGGCAGGCAUAGGGUGCAAGGGGUGGGGGAGGUAGGGAGUAGG